GAGCGUUAAAGGCGGGGGUGGAGUGUGGUCCGUGUUGGGGUAGCUGCAAGAAAUCAGAGCUGAGGUUGGAAGCCUCGCCAUCAGGCACACAACUUAAGCUACCAGAAAAAUUUCAGACCGAUCUCAGUUGAAUCCUUAUUAUCCAACAACACAUCCGCAUCUCUCCACGAGUCCACUACCGAACAACCGAAAACCUUCUCAAACCCCGCCACUUAGAUUUCGUCGUCCGAGUUAGCUUUCUCCCAAGCUUCCAUCCUCCUCUGACCCAGUUGAGGAAACCUUCGUCACAAUCCGACCAGCGCGAAGCUUGCUCCCUGGUUUCGACCGUAAACAAUACCUACCUGCGUUGAGCAAUCUACAUAAUAUCGAUAUGGCAGCUUCAGAUGUUCAGAACCCCCCGGCGCCGGUCGAGUCCAAGUCGGCCAAGAAGAAGAAGGCGAAGGCUGGCAUCGAGUCGCCCGCACCUGCUGCCUCCAUCGCUGAGAAUGCCGGCUCGGUCGCUGCCAGUGACGCGCAUGACGACAACGAAAACGCCUACAUUCGCGACCUCCAGAAGAGCAUCCGCAACGUCACUAAGAAGAUUACCAACGCCUCCAGGAUCGACCACAUCGUCGCCGAGCACGGUGGCAAGUCCCUCGACGAGUUGGUGUCACUGAAGAUCAUCAAUGCCGACCAGAAGGCGGCCCACCUGAAGAAGCCCCAGCUGGAAGCCCAGCUGUUCCACCUCGAAGAGCAGCUUGCUCAACAUAAGAAAGUCGCCCAGGAAUUCAAGGCUCGUCUCGGAGAGCAGGAGAAGGCCCUGACAGACAAGUUCGAGAAGGAGAAGGCGGAUCUUGUUGCUGAGCUCACAGAGAAGGCUGAGGCGGAUGCUAAAGCCAACCUCCACGACAAUCUCCUGAUCCUCUCCCAAUUCCUUCGUCUCGCGGCGGCCCGCCGCGCAGAGGAUGUCGAUAGCACAUCUGACGAGAGCAUGGCUCUCGAGGGUGUCCUCCUUCACAUCUACACCGGCGACGAGAAUGCCGUUUCCGCCAUGUUCAAGCUCGUGCAGGGUGCGGAGGAACCGACGCGCAGCACCACCGGGGAGACGCUGCAAACGACUUUCGCUCAGGUCAAGCAGCUGGCCAUCGCCCAUGCUGCACCGUUCACGCAGACCGAAGCCUCGCAGCCGGCCGAGUCCAGCAUCGUCGACUCCAAGCAGGAGCCCCAGACCGAUCCGACCGUCGCUAACGCCGGCCUGACCGAGGUUGAGGAGGGAUCCGCCACCGCCCUGACCAAUGGUCAUGCCCAGGAACCUUCUUCCGGCAGUGCUGGACUGAGCAACGCUGAUGUUGAUGACAGCGCUGCCAACGCGGCGGGCGAGAGCCAGUGGGAUACGGGCAACGAUGCGCCCUCGUCGCAGGAAUGGGUGGACGUUAAGAUCCCGCGCGAGCCUGGCGAAACGGAGACGGGCGUUGCCGCAACUCCGGCAGCCCCGUCCAACACUCAGUCCUGGGCGGACGACCAUCCCGAGGCCGAGGCGGGUGCCCCCGCUGCCCCUGCAGACGACGGCUUCCAGUCUGUGCAGGGCCGCAACCGCGGUAACCGCGAGAAUGGCUGGCGUGGUCGCGGCGGUUACCGCGGCCGCGGCGGGUUCCGCGGCGAGGGUCGCGGUCGCGGCCGCGGUGGCCAGCGUGGCAGCUUCCCGACGCGGCCGCGUCGUGGCGGUGAGCCGCAGCAGCAGCAGCAGUAA